UGCAUCUCGCAGAUCGGCAACAAUUCCAAUUUGAAUCAGACCAACGACCCGAUCUCCCAGUUCUCGAUCAGCGAGACGGCGUUGCAUCAGCUCAUCGCCACUCCGCCGACCAAGUCCGUGUCCCUCGAUGCGACAGGAUCACGGAAAUCGUUCAACAAUUCGACGUCCACGUUGCUCGAGGAAUCGAUCAUUUGCCACGACGGCCGCAUGGUUCGAAACAGCUCGUUGCGGAGGAAGAAGAGCAGGUUGCGCAAGAAGAAUCUGGGUCGUAAGAGCGACUCCAGCUUGGAAGGUGUAAACGCCGCGAAUCAUUCCGCGGGAAGCGACGGGAGCUCGUCGAACCAGCAACGAUCGCCCCGAAAGGUGAGCGGGAAUCGCGCGAUGCGCACCAUUUCCAGAGACUGUCACGGCCGUUUGACCACCCUCGUGAAAUCCGGCUCGUUCUCCGGGUGCACCGCCCACCAGCAACUCUCCGCGGAGAGGACGAUCGUCAGCGACCCGACACCGCCGUUCAGGUUACCCUGCUGCACUUCGGUGGCUUCCACGUCCGAGACCGAGGGCGAGGAGCAACGUAAUCGCACGCGCGGCUGCUUCCCCUUCGACGACAAUCUGUUCGACACCGUGCUCAACAACAAGGAGCUGUGCAAUCAGCAGCUGAAUAUGGAUAGCGAUAUCGAGAUGAACAGUCUUGGGAACAACUCGUUCUCCGAGCAAGCUUGGGAUAAUUAUCAGGAGAAAUAUAUGAGCGAGCCGUACAGCGAAGCACCGGAUAUAGAAACGGCACGAAGAUUAUUGGACUUUGGGGACGAUUAUCGAAACUUUCUCGAUAGUCAGUCCGAUUGUGCCUCCAGUAUGAGCGCAAUAGCCGCUAGUUCUCCACUGCCUAGAAGUCGUAUGCAUCAUGAAAUAACGGAUACGACGGAAGAUAGCGAUAGCGACGUAGAUGAUAUCCGGAACAUAGUGGAGAAAUCGCAAAGUCAAUUGUCACUCGCUGAGAAUUUGUUCUCGAGGUCGAACAACGGCUCGAUGCAAGAAGAUUUCACGGAACUCGAGUGCACGUGUAGAGAAAAUCUGCGGUGUCUGCACACGUUGUUAGAGUCUGUCAGCAAUUCGUUCCGAAGUGAAAAAUACGUCAAGCAAAUCCGUGGCAUGCUGGAGAAAUGGGAAUCCUUGACCACCAGAGUGGAGGAAACACAAAUGGCCACUGCGCUUCACAGGGAGUUAACCACUCUGCGCACGGAAUUCAAAGCUGCACACGACAGACUUUUCUCGUACGAGAUCAUAUUGGAGCAGCCGCACGUCCUCGACGAGAGAAUUAAUCGAAUCACGGCCGAACUGGCAGCGUUGAGGGAUCGCAAGGCGGCUAUGCUGGCGUUGAACGUCUCGACGCACAGGCUGAUCACCGAUCUAGGUAACUCCGCCUCGUUGAUCUUCACGGCGCUCAAGGAUGGUGUGGCGGAUCUGUAUCGCGUCUGGGAUGAAACCUUUCAAAAAGGCAAUCAACAAUUGUGCGCUCUGCAAGCCGUCCAACAGUUCAGUAUACGUUUGUCGGAGCUUCAGUGCGCUUUACGGAGGGAUAAGGACACGCUUGCAGUUUUGGACGUGGCCCUACAGGCAGGAGCCACUUCGGAGGUUGCUUCGUCAGUUCGUCACGUCGCAAGGUUGUUGUCCGAGAAACAAGACAUCAGUUGUCAGAACGGGACGGUGGUGUUGAAAGACUCGAGCACGGAGGAAGUGGGCAGCGGUGUGUCGGGGAAAUUCGGCGACUCGUCGCCGAUCAGUCUGACCGAAGGUGGCUCCCUGUCCGACAGCGGGAUCUCCGACAGCGGAAGCGAGCAAGAGUUGAGCGAGCGGGAGAGAAGAUUGGCCGCCCUUCGACGAUUGACGCGCAGCUUGGAGAGUCAGCUGGCGCCCGGAAGCGAGGCCCUGGUCGAGCUUCUGAAACGUGUCGAGGACGCGGAAACGGAACUAAGGGAUCUUCAGAAGCAGUGCAGAGAAUUGAUCGUACGCACCGCCGCCAGUGUCGAGGCGAGAGCUGCCAAGAGGACGAGCAGCAACCAGGUUCAUCAUUUCGUCGACAAGCGCAAGAAGGCCAGCGUCGCGGUGAUGUCGAAGGAGGGUACGGAGCGCGUCGCUGCGAUCGCGGCGAAAAGUGGCGCCACGGACGGCGGGGACCCAGACCACGAUCCGGGGCUUUCCCACAGUUGGAUCUCGCGCAUUCUGAGAGCUGCGCUGCCCUUCCAACUGGCCCUGGUCGCCCUCUUCUACGCGGCCAGCCUCCUCGAGCCCCAUUGCUGCGAGGCGACCAACACUUUGAACCUCUCGCUCACCCCUCAACUGCGCUACGUAAGGGGGCCACCACCCGUCUGAACGUCGCGACGUCCGAUCGUUUGUUGGAAUAAUUUUUGACGCGGCGUCCGCGCUCCAUGGGAUCUCCACGGAAUACAAUCGUUCCAAUCAUCGUAGAAACCUCCUCAGUCACCGAGCACACCUUGCUCCCCCUUCCUUACGUUCAAUUACGUUUUGGUCAUUGCGUUUUUCGUGAAAUCGAGUUGAUAUGGAUCGUUAUAGAGUGUGUCGUUGUCGUAUACGAGAGAGAGAGAGAGAAAGAGAGCGCAUAAUUUUUGGAAAAUUCGCGGUACAUUCGAGUAUCGAUACGCUGUCAACGAGCUUGUUCAAAGAAUUGAUCUAGAAUCGCGAGAAAUCAUUGAUUGGUAAA